UGAGAAGAAGCGAUAGACUGAUGUAAAAUAGGUACUAUGGACCUGAUGGAAAACCAACCAUCUCAUAUAAAGAGACCAGGAUCAGGAAGUGGACAUACCGUCGGUAUUCCCACACAGAAAGAAGAAAGACCUCAUCAACAAACAACACCAACAGCAGCAGCAUCAACAGGGGCCUGUUGAUGUACACGCUGAAACAUUGUUAUGUCAGCGUCAUAUUCCUCGCCUUGUUUUACGGAUUUACCACCAUUAUUGCUCCUUUGACGAUGGAACCUGCGGUUUAUUCGCCAUCCAUCAUAAAUGCAGUUUCGGGCCCAGAAUGUGAAGAUGAGGACAGACAAAUUCAGAAAGGGAAGGAGGGGAUGGAUGUCCUUCAGAACAAGGUUGACUACCUUUUUCCGUUGGCAGAUACGAUGGCCAACUUUGCUUUGAAAUCACAAGGUAAGUCAUUACUAUCAUAAAUCUGACUGAAUGUUUCAGGCUUAGAUGAUUUUAAUUCACUUUCUGUGUGUGUUUGAAAACAGGAGCAAAGCUGUUAUCCUAUAUGCCAUCAGCUGUACAUCCCAAACAAAGACAGACCCUAAAUUGGUUUGGAAUUGCAUUACAUAUGCCGUCAGUCACACCAGACGUUGUUCUCCAGGGGAGGACUCGCCUACAACCAGGAGAGUGCUGGGGCUUUGAAGGGUCCCAGGGACAUUUAUCCAUCGCCCUGUCCCACAGAGUUAUUGUCAGUCAUGUAACCUUGGGUCAUCUGCCUAAAAUGUUGUCCCCGACUGGCAACUCCUGGAGUGCUCCCAAGGAGUUUUCUGUCUAUGGAAUGAGGGAUCCCGAACAGGAGUGGACUCACCUGGGAACCUUUCUGUACAAUGAGAAUGGAGAUCCUCUUCAGACCUUUGAGCUACCGAGCCACAGAAGAGCAGCUUUCCGCUACAUAAAGUUAGACAUCAGUAGCAACUGGGGCCAUGUGAAGUAUACUUGUGUCUAUGACUUCCGAGUUCAUGGAAAGUUUGCACCAGAAGAUGGUAUAUAAAGGGUAGCAAGUACAGACAGAGGUAGGUGAAUGUGGAGGUGAAUCAGACAG